AUCCAUUCACACCGCCAGGAAAUGUGAGGAGGAACCUGCUGACCAGUGGUGACCAACUGCGACGAGCCCUGGAUUGGAUGACAGCAGCCUACGAUGAUGUGUAGAUGAGAGAGAGAGACCUCAGACAAUAAAAUGCAAUGGCCAAAUGAAGAGGAAAUGAGCCAGUGUGAUCCAGCGAUUUCACGCGGCGUUUUUUUUUAUCCAAUCAAUAUGAUGAUGAAAAGGAUAAGGAGAAGAAUAGCGUCUUUGUUACGACACCAACAUAAGGAUAGCCUGAUGGUUGCAAAUGGUUACGUUCGCACAGCCUGAGCUAUAUAAGCUAGAGAAGAUCAUAUCAUUAAUCGACAUUGCGAGCCAUGAAAUGACAUAACGUCUAGGCCUGUAUGCUGUAAUACAUAAUAACGUCAAUGAUGAUCAUUUUUCACUAAAAGGACUGGAUUUGAAAGCUGCAGCACUAGGGAAUAUCACAGCGGAAAUUACAUUCAACUCAAAAUAACGGAUGGAGGAGCGCAUGCAUGAAUUAACGGAGCGGAGAAACUCAGCGGCGAUAUUAAAGAGAUGAAACACCUUUCGUUCUCUCUUUAUGUACUCAACCAGUCCGCGGGGGAGAGGUGAGAGACAACCAGGAGCAGCCGAUGAUCGGAGAGAACAGCGGCCACAGCGCAGCGGCAGGCAUCCGGGACAGUGAUAACUCAGAGAGAGCGCUGUUUACUGUCAUCUGAGAUCUGGCUCCGGACCAGCGGUGAGGCAUGGGCUGCGCUCCCAGCAUCCACGUCUCCCAGAGCGGCGUGAUCUACUGCCGAGACUCGGACGAGUCCAACUCUCCGCACCAGACCACCACUAUAUCCCAGGGCACCGCGGCCACCCUCCAUGGGCUGUUCAUCAAGACGGACGCGGCCGACACCAUCCCCUCGGUAAUCACUUACCAGACCAGGCAGUCCCGGAACAAAUCUCACGGAGAGAGGAGAGAGAACAGCGGGGGACACAUCUGCAUCGAAGCCGAGACACAGACCAGUCACACCAUUGGCAAGGUAUCAGCCACAGAAGAGUGUGUAGGACCUAUGAGACUGACCCAAGAACCUAUUCAGGUCCUGCUGGUGUUUGCGAAGGAGGAUGGUCAGAGCGAUGCCUUCUGGUGGGCGUGUGACCGGGCGGGUUUCAGGUGUAACAUUGCCCGAACGCCCGAAUCCGCUGUCGAAUGUUUCCUGGACAAGAGCCACGAGAUUGUGGUCAUUGAUGGACGCCACUCACAAUACUUUGAGGCAGAGGCUGUCUGCCGGUUGGUCCGUGCCACAAAGCCCUCAGAACACACAGUCCUUCUGGCCGUUGUGCCACAGACGCCUUUAGAUCAGGAGGAGCCGUCUGUUCGUUCUCUACUCUGCGCUGGAUUCAGCAGAAGGUAUGUGGAGAACAUUAGUGUCUCUGCCUGCUAUAACGAAUUGCUCCAGAUAGAACAUGGAGAGGUGCGCUGCCAGUUCAAACUCAGGGCGUGCAACUCAGUCUUCACUGCUCUGGACCACUGUCAGGAGGCUGUGGAGAUCACCAGUGAAGACCAUGUGAUACAGUACGUGAACCCAGCGUUUGAGCACAUGAUGGGAUACCACAAAGGAGAGUUAAUAGGGAAAGAGCUGACAGAACUCCCCAAGAGUGACAAGAACCGAGCAGAUCUUCUAGACACCAUCAACACCUGCAUCAAGAAAGGAAAGGAGUGGCAGGGGAUCUACUACGCCAGGAGGAAGUCAGGUGACAGCAUACAGCAGCACGUCAAGAUUACGCCUGUGAUUGGCCAGGGAGGUAAAAUCCGCCAUUUUGUCUCCAUCAAGAGGCCCCACAGUGACAACAACAAACAGGUCCAUAAGAUCAACAGAGAUGGAGACCAUUCCCAGUUAGAAAGCCAUUCCCUGCGUCACAGAGACAGGAGGAAAGAGUCAGUUGAUGCCCGGUCAAUCAGCUCACGUAGCAGUGAUGCUCCCAGUCUGCAGAACCGGAGGUACUCCUCUGUAGCCAGGAUCCACUCUAUGACCAUAGAGGCCCCCAUCACCAAGGUGAUCAACAUCAUCAACGCGGCCCAGGAGUCCAGUCCGGUUUCGGUAGCGGAUGCACUGGACCGGGUCCUGGAGAUCCUGAGGACCACAGAGCUCUACUCUCCUCAGCUGGCCUCCAAGGAAGACGACCCACACACCAACGACCUUGUCGGGGGGCUCAUGAGUGAUGGCUUACGGAGCCUGUCUGGGAACGAGUAUGUCUUCUCCAAAAGUACCCUUCCAAAUAUGAGUCAGCUGGCCAUCCCAGUAACGCUGAAUGACAUCCCCCCGGCCAUCGCUGAGAUGCUGGACGACGAGGACCAAUGGGACUUUAACAUCCUAGAGCUGGAGGCUGCCACCUGUAUGAGACCUUUGACCUACCUGGGCUUGAAGAUAUUUGCUCGCUUCAGUGUGUGUGAGUUCCUGAGCUGCAGUGAGGCUACGCUACGCUGCUGGCUGCAGGUCAUAGAGGCUAACUACCACGCCUCCAACUCCUACCACAACUCCACCCACGCCGCUGACGUCCUACACGCUACUGCCUACUUCCUACGCAAGGAGAAGGUCAAGGGCAGUCUGGACCAGCUGGACGAGGUGGCUGCGUUGAUCGCGGCGACGGUCCAUGAUGUGGACCACCCAGGGAGGACCAACAGCUUCCUGUGUAAUGCAGGAAGUGAGCUGGCCAUCCUGUAUAACGACACUGCAGUGUUGGAGAGUCACCAUGCCGCCCUCGCCUUCCAACUCACCGUCAGGGAUAUCAAGAGCAACAUCUUCAAAAACAUCGACAGGACUCAGUUCAGGACGUUGAGGCAGGCAAUCAUAGACAUGGUGCUGGCUACAGAGAUGACCCGUCAUUUUGAACACGUCAACAAGUUUGCCAACAGCAUCAACAAACCAAUGGCUGCCAUCGAGGAGUCCAGUUCAAAUAGUGAAGGCAGUGACAACGAGGGUCCAGCCAGCAUCAGGAACAGCCCAGAGAACCGGCUGCUGAUCAAGAGGAUGAUGAUAAAGUGUGCUGAUGUGGCCAACCCCUGUAGACCUCUGGAGCUCUGCAUAGAAUGGGCCGGACGCAUCUCUGAGGAGUACUUUUCCCAGACUGACGAGGAGAAGAGAGAGGCUCUUCCGGUGGUCAUGCCUGUAUUUGACAGGAACACCUGCAGUAUCCCCAAGUCUCAGAUCUCCUUCAUAGACUACUUCAUUACAGACAUGUUUGACGCCUGGGAUGCCUUCGCCAGUCUACCUGGCCUCAUGGAGCACCUGUCAGAGAACUACAAGUACUGGAAGGGUCUGGACGACAUGAAGUGCAAGAGCCUGCGUCCGCCUUCUCCUCCGUGACCCCUCCAUCCCUCCCUCUCUCCCUUCAUCCCUCCAUCCAUCCCUCCCUCUCUCAGGGCAGGGGGAGACAGCGAAUGUAGCCCAGCACUGGCAUUAAGCCCCUCCCACUGUGAUUCUACCCAGCUCCACACACAUUGGACUGUACUGCAGUCUGCAGACCUUAGAGCCUUCAAACACCAGAGUCUGUAGCUUGGAGCCCUGAGAAGAAACCAGGGGACUGUCAUACUGGCUGACAUAAUGACACCCUAUCCCCUAUGUAGUGGACUACUUCUGACCAGAGCCCCAACCCAAACACAUUUCCCAUCUUUGGUUAUCUGAUGUUGCCUCAAACUACAAAAACAGAUUUCAUACAGAGAAUCAUUAUGGUGCCCAUUGCUAAAUUUAGCAUGGGGGGCUCUGGUCAAACAUACAUGCACUACAUGGGGAAUAGGGUAACAUUUUAGAUUUGCCCUCUGAGGCUGAAGCCAGCCUCUUCAGACCCCUCUCGGGUCCCUGUUGGGCCCCUAAUUGGACUCUACAGUCCUCCUUACCAUCUGUCCCAGCCUGAGGGGUGAGGACCAACCAAUCAGUCCCAGCCUGAUGGGUGAUAACCAACCAAUCAGUCCCAGCCUGAGGGGUGAGGAUCAACCAAUCAGUCCCAGCCUGAGGGGUGAGGACCAACCAAUCAGUCCCAGCCUGAGGGGUGAGGACCAACCAAUCGGUCCCAGCCUGAGGGGUGAGGACCAACCAAUCGGUCCCAGCCUGAGGGGUGAGGACCAACCAAUCGGUCCCAGCCUGAGGGGUGAGGACCAACCAAUCAGUCCCAGCCUGAGGGGUGAGGACCAACAUGCUACAAACCAACCAACUGCACUUUAGCAGCUCAAAGUCACUUUCUCAAAAUAUUUUUCCUGUCUGUUUUUCUGCUCUCUUCUCUCAGACAAGAGUCUGCUGUUUCUUCUCAUACUGUACCUUUCUGUCUCUCUACUGUAGUAUGUAGUACUGCUGAGAUGGGUACCAAAGCUUCAUUAUACUGUGACUUCUACAGCUAAAAGAGGAGAGAUCACGGAAUGAUUACAGAACUAAAGCAUGUAGAGAGAAAUCAGUCCACUCCAGCACAUGCACACUGUACUCGCUCUUCCAACUAAACAGACAACUGUAAAUUGUAACUCCGCUUACCUUGUUCUCUCGCCAGCUGAAAGUAUUAAGGAAUAUUGAGCUCUGAUAAGCCCUGUCAGGGAGAAUCAUACAGAGGUGUGUGUGUGUGCGUGUGCGCGCGUGUUUGUGUGUGUUUGGCAGCAGCCCCAGUGCAGUCAGAGGUCUGUGUUCGCUCCAUACCUAGGAGGUUUACAGAGCAGAGCCCAGCUGAACUGACUGCUGUAAUAUCUCUCUCUAUGGGGGAGAACCAGAGCUCUGUGCAGAGAGCCAUGCCUCACAUGCAGCUAGCUCACCAUCAGGCUCCCCUCUGGGGCUAGAACCAGCGCUCACUCAGCCCCCUCUGGAACUCUGCUCACAUGGCUCUUAAAAGAGAACUAUCCUGUCAACACUGGGGCUUAGUGGGAACAGUAUUAGAACAGAAUUACAACACUAUUAGCGACAAGUGGGAGAAAAAUAGCACUAUAUUAAGUACUGUUGAUCUUCAAUUAUAAACCAAAUAAGAAGUGAAUUAUCUGACCUACAGUAGGCCAAGUGUAAUAUUUAUGACAGCUUGCAUUGAAGCUAAUCAUAAUUCAUUACUUAAAAAAGGUCAUGAAGUUCCAGUACAUCCAUUUAAAUAUCAAAGGCACAUGUUUUAUUUAUUUAUUUAAUUUAACCUUUAUUUAACUAGGCACAUUGAUGUGGACACAUACUGUAGAUAAUUGUAAUCUCCAAAUAUGAAGGAAACAAAUUAUAGUAUCGCAACAUGAGAGCAGUGGCUAAGCAAGUUAAUAUUCCAAGCACAACCAACCCAUUGAUUUCUAACUGGUGUGCAGUGCAGUUGUACAGUCGUGGCCAAAAGUUUUGAGAAUGACACAAAUAUACAUUUUCACAAAGUCUGCUGCCUCAGUUUGUAUGAUGGCAAUAUGCAUAUACUCCAG